AUGGAAGUCAAACCAAAAGUUAAAGCUCGUGUGAGUCUUCAGCGGAGCAUGAAUGAACAAAAAUUAAUGAAGAACAAUCGUACUAGUGAUUUGAACAACAAUAAUAACAAUAACAUAAACAACAACAAUAACAACAUAAGUGAACGUAGCACGGUAGAUAACGUAUUUGAAUUAGACUCGAGAUGCAGUAGUGAUUCAGUCAGGGACAACCUUGACAGCGUGCAUGAUUUAAACUCUGAUGUCAUCCAUUCAGCCACUGAACCAGAUGAAAAUGAAGUGACAUCAAACAACAAGAUAGAGCUGAUUAAAAUUGAGAAAGACCUUUGUGACGAUAGCAUUCGUAUUCAUUCAGGUGCUCACAGCAGAAACUAUGCUGAAUAUGAAAAUUACAACUCCGCCGAUGAUGAUGACGAUCGACUAAAUUUAGUUGAAGGUUGUCACAAUGAUGAUGGCCAAGAUGGCUAUACAAAUAACGAGGUGAAUAUCCGAGAUGAACAUUACUCGCAUGAGAACCGCUUGCUUUCCAAGUUGUCGCAACUGUCCGCAGAGUUUUCAAAGCCAGACUCCGUAGGUUUAUUGUUGGUUAGUCAACUUCUAUCUAAUUUUCCUCCUCUUCAUUACGAUUACGACAGUGAUGUUAGUAGCAGUGCUGACAGCCGUGCAAAAAAACCUAGCCCUCCUGGCUUGUCCACAUCAGACAACAACAAAUUUAACAACCUUGUAGGCAAGAAAUCUGAAAAGAGUAAAAGUGACAUUUGCAAUGGCAUAAGUAAAUUAAGAAACACUGCUUUCAACAAUCUGCAUGAUGGAACCUUCAAUUUAGGCCAUGUUUUAAAUGCCGGUAUCCAGAACUGCAACGAGGAUGGUAACGCUGGCAUGGAUGAUAAGGGCGAUGUCAUUAACGCCAUUCAAAUUGGAUAUAAUGUCGGCGAUUGUUAUAAUAUCAACGAAGUCGAUGGUGGUGAUAUUAAGAAUUCUGAUUCUGAAAUCUUCGUCAUGUCACCACAUUUAAAAUUGAAUGCAAAGUAUGCGUUCAACCUGCAACAACCAAAUAUAAAGCCAAGUAGCAAAGAAGGACAUCGUAGAUCUCGUUCACAAAUGGACACGAAAGCAAACAACUUUUUAACGCGAAUAAAAUCUCACCAAAGCGACCAAAAUAGAAAAAGUAAACUAAACAGUCACUAUGAUCGGCAACGUUUGUUAUCAAGUUUCAACAUUGGCCAACAGAAACGUUCUAGGCAACAACUUUGUCAAUCACCAUUUCAACAAAUAUUCGACGGUUCCAUGUUGAUCGGAAGAUGGAAGUUGGACCGAAUAUACAGCGUUUUAAUGGAAAGUAAAGACACUUUGGCUAAACUUUUAGAAACUAAAAAGUUAGUAGAGGAAUUGAAAGUGCAAAGUUCUCGCCAACAAAGACUUUUCACGUCUCGUUUACAAUUAUUGCAAAAACAAAUACAGCAGCAGCAACAAGAGAUUAAGCUCACAAAACUGGGCGAAAACAAACGUUUAAAAGUAUUACAAGAACAAUUGUUUGAACUGAAAAGUCAUUUGAAAAAUGUUCAAGCACAACAAGAUCAAAUUGAAAAACAAAAAAUGGAACAACAAAUUCUGGAACAACAACAACACAUCGAACACGACCAACAAAUUGAAAUGUUAACGUUUUUAAACGAAAAAUUUCAAAAUAACGUGGACAUGGGAAACGAAAGAGUUAAAGAAGUUAUAGAGCACAUUCUGAAAGAAAAAGAAAUAGAUUUUGUUGGUCUUAAAGAACAGAAUUUGAUUUAUUCUCAACAACUUCAACACCAGUUGCAGCAACAAGAAAUGCUGCUGAAACUUUUGCACCAACAAACAAAAUUGCAAAAACAAGAAUUCAACAAAAAAUAUCAACAUUUAGAAACAAAAGUUAAAAAUCAAAUAGUGAAUAGGAAAGAAUUUGCAUUAGACGAAAAACUACAAGACCUGACGAAACAACAGAAACCUCAACAUCCCUGUAAAUUUUUGCAACGUAAAAGUUCUCCAUUAACAAAACAAGAACACAAACAACAUUUAAAAAAGGGUAAACAACAGCUAAUUAGAGUUAGGCAGCUAAAACAACAUAAAGUUUUAAGAUAUCCAAAUCAAGUAACAAAUUUUGAUGCAAAAAAUAACGCAGAGCAAUCUAACGAAACUUUUUUAGAAACAACCGAACAAGAGUCUAACAUUGGUUGUUUAGCAUUACAACAAAAGAAAACAAAUUGUGAUUUGGAAACCAUGCCCCAACAAAGGAAAAAACUGUCUCGACAAAAGAUAAGCAGCGACAAAGUUAAAAACGAAGAACAACAAUAUAAACAUCAACAACUACUGUCAGAAUUUAGAUGGCAUUCAGUUCAACAACAAUCACAACAAUUUAACGAUUCAAAAAAACAAAAAUCUCUUUCGAUUCCGACAAAAUUUUGCAAACAAAAAUUGAAUUCAAAAGAAGUUCGACAACAUCAUCAUCAAAUCAAAGAUAUUUGCCCCAAAAAUAGCAACAAUCUACUUUUAGAUCAACAAAAUAAUCAAUCCAAAAAAAAAUCAAAAAUUAUAGAAGAGAUGCAAAAAGAUCUAGAAGGAGACACAAAAGAAAAGUUAAACUCCAGAGUUAGCAUUGAAAAAAACUCUCCUCAACCACUUUCAGCAAUUACAGAAACAACAACCAGAAUAACAACCAACUCAAGUAGGAAUGAGAAUAUUGCUGACGAAAGGUUCAGUGAAGAUUUGAAGAUGUUAGUUGAUAGGACCAGUGCUAGUGACUGCAGACGUCAUUGGGAUGAGAUGGAGGAAGAAAAUGAGGGAAAUCACAACAGUUCCCGAGAAAAUUAUUUGAAAAACUACGAAGAUGAAGAGGAUGGUGAUAAUUUUGUUGACAUCAAUAAAAAGAGUAAAGAGAAUAAUUACAACAAAAGAAAUGAAAAAAAAUUCGACAUUAAUUCAGAUGCUUGCAAUUUCAAUAAUGUUAAUGAUGAACAUGAUGAUAUUAAUUGCUUGACGUGGGAACAAAAUUUAGCAAACGAUGUAAUACUUAAUGAGCUUGUUGAUGAAAGCAAACAGCGUGCAACAGUUUCGAUGUAUGGAUCUGGUGGUGAUGGCGAUGAUGAUGAUUUUAAAAAUAGUAAGAAUCGUGAUGAAUGUAGAAUCAUCAAAAGGAUUCUAAAUAGUCCUUAUGUUCUUGAUAUAAAUAAUACCCUGCAUGUUGAUUGUUUUGAAAAUGAAAAAAUUUCUCAACUGGCCGAUGCUGAAUUUAAUAAUUUUAAUAUGGUUUUACAAAAAAAUUAUGUGCAAGAAGGCAAUAAAGUUGGUGAAGAUAAAAGUUAUGUUGAUGGUGUUGCAAUUGAUAACGAUGAUUACGACUGUCGGUCUUUGAAAUCGGAGAAAGGAAAUAAACCGAAUAAGAUUGAUGAGAAAAUGAAAACUUCAAAAAGACAGCCACAGGAUGAAAGAAAAGAACCAUCACUAAAUCAUGACCUACAGCAGCAACAAUUUAGUCAAAGAUUUCAACGACGUCGGAUAAAUUCUGAUUUAUCUAAUGAAAUAAACUCAAAACUUUCAAUUCAAGAGCAACUGAGGGAACAGCAUGAAUUGUUGCAGAAACAACAAUCUUUGUUAAUUAAAAUUAAAAAUGAACAAGAAAAAUAUUAUAGGCUAAAAAAUAAACGUGAUAAUAUUCAAAGUCAUUCGCAAGGAGAGCAGCGUCAAGAAACGGAAAAAUUUAAAAAUUUUCCUACUACUAAUAAUACUCUCUUGGUAAAUAAUGAAGAUUUUUCUUUCGAUAAUAUUCAUGAUAUACCAACAACAGCUGCAGCAAAUUUCAAAAAAAUGUCAGAAAAAACAAAUGGAACAUUAUUGGCAACAAUUAAUACAACAGAAUCAGAUAAGUUUUCAAAACCAUCUGAGUAUCGCAGAGUUAGAUUUAACAAAACUAUUGCUUCAACAAACAUUUCAACAGCAUCCAAUUUUAAACCAACACAUAUUGUUUCAGAAUCGCCUCAUUUCAAUUCGAAGAAAAAAUCAUAUAAAUCUAUGAAGUUGGCUAAUUCAAAUUUAGAUAAAGCCUCAAUGUAUUUGCAUGAAAUCAUUUCAAAUGAAGAGAUUGCACAUUUGAAAGUUCCGGAUUCAGAACCUGAAUUAGAAUGUGACACCGCAUUUAAAAACGUUUUGAAAAACUCCACAAAUAAUGAUUUCAACAACGAUGAUUUGCCAAAAAAUGUUGAACAACCAGAAAAAAAGAAAUUGGAGGGAGAUUUCCAUCAACAAUACGUCAUCGAGUUAAUACAACAAAACUCCCCAACUUCUUCCACACUAUCCAGCCCCAACUACAACAAUAUUUGUGGAAACGAUCAGCAAGAAAAACUGGAACAGUUAAGAAAUAUCAAGAAUAAAAAUUAUAACACUAAUUUUUCAAAAAUUCCAAUGCGCCAAAACAUUCUAACUAAACAAUCUUCACAACAAACGUUUUCACCAUCGCCAUUUUCAAUUGACCCUAACUCCUUCAUCAACCAGGCAUAUUGUGAUUCUUCAUCGACAAAAAACAUUUACAACAAAAAAGGCAAAGGCGAGGAAAGUAAUUUUGAAAUGAUUACUGAUGACUCUACUUCAGUUUCAAGUCAGAGCAUACAUCUGCAGCAGUUGAAUUCGUCCGACGAAUCUUUUGACUUGAAAUUCCUCGAUGAUUGUUAUGACCCCACACAUUACGCGACAUCUUGUUCGGAAGAAGAAACCAGCAUUAAUGAUGUUCAGACUUACGUAAGCUGCACAAAAAAUGUGUGUGCAUCGGGUGAACGAUGUGAAGGUAGUAACAUUGCUACUGGCAAUAGAUCAUACCGUAAUAAAUAUAAAAAUAAUUCCUCAACUGUUCCAAUAGAUUAUGCUACUGAUAAUGAAAAUAACUGCGAUAGAUAUAAUGAUGGGUUUGCAAAAAAGGAUUUUUUAGACAAAUUUAAUUGUGACAACGUCAACAAAAAAUUGGAAAAAUCAGAAAAAAUAACUGGGCGUUACAUUGUUGACAAACAUUCUUCGAAAAGUCAUAAUGAGUUAAUUAAAGUGUACACAGAAAAGUAUAAAGAUGAUUUGAUUGAUCAAAUUGAUGAAAUAAUGGGGUUCGGUGUCGGUCGCAAAAGUCAACACAAACUUCUUAAAGAAUCGGCUGAUCUAUUAAACAAUUCAUCACAAGAAAUGGUUAAACAAAUUCCAUUGAGAAAGCCAUCUAAUAAUGCUUUUGAAGAAAGCGUGUUGACUCAUAAGAAUAAAGAAUCACCUUUCUUUCUGGUCGAAGACAAGAGGAUGUCAAAUCAUGCUGAAAUGUAUGUGGACAGAGUGUGCGCUCAUGGCCAAAGUAUAGUGCAAGCCAUCGAAUGCGAACUAAAUUUUGUUAAGCCGUAUUUAACAAAUACUGAAAAUUCAACCACUACAAAAUUGGCUAGAAGAGAAAUUACAAAAAUUACUCAAUUUUUGCAAGCUGAAAAAUAA